AUGCCUGCAGGGCCGUCCGGUGUUGUUGUUUUGACCGUCAUCUACGUGCUCAUCACGCUGUCCGCGAUAAUUAUCGGUGCCCGAAUCUAUCUCCGAUUGGUAAUACAAAAGCAGCGCCUCGUGACAGCAGACUGGCUGCGCAUUUCAGCAUGGUGCACCGCGUUCGCCACCGGUUUCUUCGACAUACUAUAUGCGAAAGAGGGCGUUUUACAUCCCGGGAUCAACUAUACUCUAUCUAAUUGA